CAAAAUCGCUUCCGCUUUGAGGAAUUUGAGUGAUAAUGUGUAGGUUUUAGAUAUGACAACGCUAAUAACGAUAAUAGUCAUUGCUGUUGGGGCUACACUUCGCUAUUCUUUAACUGAAACAAAAGUUUCUGAAUUUUUGAGUCAAUCGAACGAAGUUGUAACACCUUUAACGUCAUGGAAGCGCGUGACCGAAGGCUUGGCCCUAAAAGGCGCCAAUGUUGAACCUUAUUCAGGAGAUUUAUUACAUGAGUUAGAUCAACAAGCAAAAGAAGUAUCAACAUAUUCCCUUAAAUCAGAGGAGCUCUUUCUCAGAACAGACGACUUGAAGUUUACUAGUUAUUACGUAGCUUUAGCAUGGUCCUUUUCUCCAUGGGCAAUUGCAGCAUGUUCAGUAAAAUCGACAGCCGUUUUUACAAACAUGUUUAUAGCUUUAUGUUUACAUAGUAUAGUAACAGGUCGUUACACAAGAGCUUGUCUGGCAGUCAGCGUCUCAGCCUAUUUAUCCCUCUAUCCAAUUCUACUAGUUGUACCCAUAUUUGUUGCUUUAAUAAACAAAAAUGUGGAAGAGAAAAAAAAAACAAAAUCUACGAUAUCAGAAAGACAAAUAAUUAUGUAUAAUAUAAUUUAUGCAAUGAGCUUAACUUUAGGCUUCUUGAUAGCACUACUAUAUUUAUCUUUUAUGAUAAAUAAUUCUUGGGAUUUUAUUCAAGAAACAUAUGGAUUCACGCUUAUGGUUCCAGAUUAUACACCAAAUCUAGGUGUAUUUUGGUAUUUUUUUGCUGAAAUGUUUGAACAUUUUAGAUCAUUUUUUCUUGUUGUUUUUCAAAUGAACAUUUUCUUAUACGCAGUUCCAUUAGCUAUUCGAUUUAGAGAAGAGCCAAUGUUUCUUUCUUGUAUUCUUCUGAUAUUCAUUUCCGUAUUUAAAUCAUACCCUAGUUAUGCUGAUCUAUCGAUUUAUAUGGCUUUACUGCCCAUUUGGAAGCAUCUUUCUACGUGGAUAAGAAAUGGCUUAGUUGUUGGUGUUAUGCUUUUGGUGAGUUCAAUAUUGGCUCCAGUUCUCUCAUAUUUAUGGCUAUGGGCCGGAUCAGCUAACGCGAAUUUCUAUUUUGCAAUAAGUCUGGUUCAUGCUACAGCUCAAAUAUUUUUGGUCACUGAUAUAAUCUACGCUUUUCUACGACGAAAACACGCUUUAAAACAUGCAUCAACUUCUAAUAAUUCAAGUGGAGUUUUGGGAAAUCAAACUGAAAAAGUGACGUCGGGCUACGAAAUUUUGCAAGUAGACUUCGAAAAGAAACUGUUUAUUGUUUUCAUCUUUUGGCUUGGUUUUAACCUUAUCUUAAUAAGAGUGGCUUGGAGAAUUUACGGACCCCAAGUGGCCGAAUUCUUUUUAAAAGAUAGCGAAGAUUCUGGAGAAAUUCAUCCAAAAAAAUCUGCAAAACAUAGUGAAAGUGACGUGUUUUUGCAAUCUUCAAACAAUAGUAGAAAUAAACUGACCAAGUCUCAGUCGACUAAUGUGGCAGAGCUAGCAGCUGAAGCUGUUGUAGCUCGACUGUCCACAAAAAAAGUAGGAAAAAUUUCAGAGGCGAGCUAUAAAACUCCUCAAGAAGAGAUUCGUUCGGAAACUGCUGCUAUUCAAAGAGAAAACGUCGCUAUACUUAAUCAGAUAAGGCAGAAAGAUUUUAAGAAAUUGAACGUAGAUCGAAGGGCAAUAGAAGAAUGUCUUGUUGUUCAUACUGAACACUUAUCUUAUGAGGAAAGUAGACAAAGACUAAAAAAGUACAUACAUGGAAAUUUAGGAACAGAACUUGAAGAAUUAUUAGCAUUUAUAACUAAUUCCAAAAUUGAUUUUAAUAAAGUGAAAACAGACACUGAAAUUACAGCCAGUUUUUUCAGUACGUCUAGAGAAGAAAAACAAUGCAAAAUUAGGAUAAAUUACCAAGCUUUGCAAGAAAGAGUCAAUCCGAUGAAAGGAUAUUGUAAAUAUAUGCAGUUUAUACACCUUGAAAAGAAAGCUUUGAAUUACUCUACUUAA